UUCAACAACUGCUGGCGGCUUAAACAAAUUUAAAAAAAAUCGUUGAGCAUUAAUGAGUAAAUAAAUUAAAUUUGCAUUGUUCUUCUAAAUCGUUUAAUAGGGUUUUUAAUAAUCAAACAAAAUGUGCCUCCUGCGCGGUCGUCUCAGCGUCUGGCCAGCUCUUGCAUUGGCCCUGCUGUCUCUCUUGGCCGUAAUCGAGGCCAGGCCACAGAGGAACCUGCAACAUGUGGCCGUGGUGGAGAAUGCCGCCUGGGAGCAGACGCUGCCUCAGCAGUUUCAGAAUCCCUUUUACAAGACGCCAAGGGUGAGGGAUGCUUUGGCCAGAUCCAGUUGGUUUGGACCAGGCGAGGAGGUGGUUUACGACCGUCAGGCUGAGAAAAUUCCACGCAUGGAAAUCUACAAUGUGCUGUCGCAUGCCGGCUUAAUACCACGCCGGCGUUUCCUCUAA